AUGAGUGGGAUAGGCCCGGAAGAGAUCCACCUUGAGAGAGCAGCAACUAUCCGCGGCAGCUGUCCUGGGAAGAAGCUGCUGUCUGUCUACACGAGCUUCGAAGCCUCCCAGGUGGCCCGUCUGAACUUCAGUCUUGCUCUUGCCUACCGCCGUCGUGCACUGAGGAACGUCUACCUGAGCACUGAAACUUCACAGCUGGUUGAGAUGACAGAGUCUCACACCACAGAUGAUUCGUAUUAUGCAGACUAUCCUUCUCUAAUCACACAACCUUGCUCUAAGCUGGAAGUCAGGCACUUCACGAAAACAUUUCUGCCAGUCGCAUACUCGUUGAUUUGCAUCAUCGGCCUCGUUGGCAACAUCUUUGUAGUGAUGACCUUCGCUUUGUAUGAAAGAACCAAGUCCAUGACCGACGUGUACCUCUUCAACAUGGCCAUAGCAGACAUCCUGUUUGUUCUCACCCUCCCACUGUGGGCAGUGAAUUAUGCUGCCGACAGAUGGAUUUUCGGUGAUUUCAUUUGCAAAAUGACCAGAGGUAUCUAUGCAAUCAACUUCAGCUGUGGCAUGCUGCUUUUGGCCUUUAUCAGCGUGGAUCGGUACAUUGCGAUCGUACAGGCCACAAAGUCGUUUAAACUCCGGGCGAGAACGCUCGCAUACAGUAAACUCAUUUGUUUGGUCGUGUGGGUAUCAUCCAUUUUAAUCUCUAGUUCCUCUUUUCUGUACAGUGAAAGUUACAUCUUCUCCACCAAUGAAACCAAGGAGAUCUGUGAUCAGAAAUUUGACGGAAUGUCUGAAAGCACGAUGCUCAAGUCACUGCUGCUGUGUCUACAAGUUGGAUUUGGAUUUUUUAUACCUUUCAUAUUCAUGGUUUUUUGCUACACGUUAAUUGUCAAAUCCUUACAACAAGCUCAGAAUUCCAAAAGAAACAAAGCAAUCCGUGUGAUCGUAUUAAUUGUAGCUGUUUUUCUAGUUUGCCAGGUGCCUUAUAACAUCGUUCUUCUUGUGACAGCCGUAAAUAUGGGCAAGAUAGACAAAUCUUGUGAAAAUGAGAAGGUAAUGGCCUAUGUGAAGUACACCACUGAAGCCAUAGCAUUUUUACACUGCUGCGUGAACCCUGUGCUCUAUGCAUUCAUUGGAGUGAAGUUCAGAAGCUAUUUUGUGAAGAUAAUGAAAGACCUAUGGUGCGUCAGGUACAAGAAAUACAAUAAACGUAGUUCAAGGACAAACUCUGAUAACUGUCAUUCAAGACAGACUAGUGAAAUUCUGACAGACAAUGGAUCUUCUUUCACUAUCUAA